CCCUUUCUUCUUCUUCUUCUUCUUCUUCCAGUGACUGACUGACUGGCGGCCCUCGGCAUCGGAAGCCACGAUAAUAGUGACGUUGCGAUCCAGUUGAUGAGACGGUUGCACUUGUGGAAUGCAGCGAGGGAUUACUUGCAUGGGAUGCGAGUGGCAGUGAUUCGUUGGCUUCUUGUAGAUUUUGGACCUGAAGUGUUUCUACCAUCUUACCGUCCAUCUCAUGGGUCGUCGUGUGCGGCAUUGCGUAGUUUUCGGUGUUGUAGCGGGAGAUUGUGUUCCCCGCGUUUGAAUUCCGAGCGCAAUUCUAGUUGGGUAGCGACAACGGAGUAGAAUUCGAGGGAAUUCCGCAUGAAUUUAAUUGGGGGAUUGAUGAGUUGUUGAGGUUGAGCGUGCGAGUGGAGUACCAGAAGAUGUUAGCUUAAUUCUCAGGUCUGAAAAUGGAGCAUGAAGUGGAUUCGCAGCUAGAGGCGGGGGUGCCUGUGCAACCGUCGCCUGUGCUCAUGGAAGCAGUUCAGAAGGUUGAACAGGUGGUUGCGCGUCUCCAGAGUCUCCAGACAACCAUCUCUGGGAUACACUUGAGUCCUGUCUAUUCCAAGCAAAGCCGAACUUCUAGAGGAAACAGCGUUGGAAAGGAAUAUGUUGGGCCAUCUGGACAUCGAGACGCAAGCAAACGAAAACCCCUGAAAGAUUACAAUGGAAGCAGGAUGGAGAAGCUUGACCAACCGCUGAGAACGAAAGCUGAGUGGAAGCAAUGGUCAUCACCUGCCAACCAGGUGCACGAUGUCAUUUCGGAGAUUUUGAUGGCUAGUCAGUUUGCAAAACAGAUCGCUACACUCGUUGCGGAAGCCCUUCAAGAGCGACCUGAAAGGACUCAACAACUUGGCGAUGUAACUGAAGAACCCAAAAAGCGGGCUAGCAAAGACGGAAAGAGGAGAGAUAUUGCGUUUCCAAGCAAGGCCCAGGUGUUGAAGACCAUGAACGCCAAAGCCCCUCCAACAAAUUCUUUUAAUAAGUUCAAGGUAGCUGGUUUUCCCUCAGACACCACUGUCAAGUUGGUUCCACCCGCUAAGAUAACACGCACGAAAGACCUCCCGAACAAGAGCAAGAGCAAGACAAAGAGCGCUUCUGCUUCACACAAGCGAAGGAGCUCCUCAAGAAGUUAUUCGAGCAUGUCGUCCUCACCGAGUACUUUGUCUCCAGGAUCACCACGUUUGGAUAUGGAUAGCCCAGAGAUGAAGCGAGGAUCCAACAGAUUAUAUAGCUCUCCAAGUGCAAGUUUCAGGGAGUUUUCAGAUGAUGCGGACGACGAGCUAUCAGGUCCAAGAAGGAAUUCAAUGAUAGUAACUGAAAUCAAGGGACCAACGAAACCAUGGAAGCUAACUCCCACCAAGGGAGUCUUGUUCUCGAAUCCAGUGUAUCUGUCUUCCCCGCGGAAGCCAUCUGGAGCAAGGCCAUCACCGGUUAAGAUUGUUCCCACAACCGGGAGGCGAAAUAGCUGGUUGACUCAUCAAUUUCCGAAAUCACCUGAACCUGUUCACAGAGAGCCAACGAAAUCUAGUGGUGCUGCAUCUGCUAACCCACUGUCGUCAUCUAUCUCGAAAACGACGUUUAAAAGAGAAGGUGCUAGUAAACUUGCUCCUAAAUCAACUUUUACCAGCGAGGCGACUAAACGAGAAUAUAAAUCCAAAAAGUCCUCCGUGGUCCCCCCUUCACGGUACGUGGAGAUGGUGCCCCUGGAUGGACCCCGAAACAGUUCCAUAGUGACCAUGUUUGAUGUUCUCAAAGUUAGGUCGCCACCUCGACUUCCAGCCGCUACGCCUGCACAACCGAACCAACUCUCAAGAGGUCCGUUAUCUGUGGACGCAAACACUAGCGUCACGAAUAGAUCUACUGUGGCGGAUGGAGCUUAUGAAAAAGAGGAAGACUUGCAGUGCAGAGCACCUCACUCUCAUGUUGAGUCUUCUCCCAAAUUGGGCAUCCUUACAAAUGAACAAGAGAAACCCUCGACUCACUCCAAACAAGUUAGUCCAGUUGAAUCACUGGACAAAGAGAAUGACCAGGUUCCUUGUGCACCUGCUGCAGUCAUGUUCUUGCGGAACAUUUCGAGUGGACACACCCUCAACCGAAGUUUGUCACGGAGAAAUUCAGGGGCAUCGCUAAUACAGCGUGCUAAAGGCUGGAUGUCUUUUCAAGCGGUCAAACAAGGGAGAGUCCGUGAGCUGGAGAGGUUUCAAAUGGCCAGACAAUUAUCGUCCGUCAAGCGCAGCUCUCCCUCGGUAAAUCAGCAGGGCCUAGCGUUGUGCUCAUCGGAUCUGUUCCCAUCUGGGAGAAUAAUUCAACUCAGACCAGUGCACUUGCAAUCCUUAUCGGAGACGACACUCAUAGGGGACUGUAAGCAUCGUGAACCAGUGACCAGCCACGAUCGACACCCGGAACUUGUAACCCGGCUACGCACACCUCGUCGUCGACCACUGCAGCUGCCGAGCACAUCAAGCGCCAGUCAUGCUCCGCCCAGGAUCGUUCACAAAUUCAAGGUGAUUUUUCCUUCCACUGAUCGCAACCACCAGAGAGCUGCAAGUCGGGUGUGUGAGGCUGUGGAAUACGCGGAGUCAGCGCAGAUAUUGCCACAACUUCUCAUGAGCAGGGCCAAGCCAGCGGCACCGCGGAAGCUGGCUCACGUGUUCAAGGUAGUGUAUCCGUGUCAUGAAAUGGCACGGGGGAGAGCAGGAAGAGCGCUCUUCCAGCGAUGGCCUCAUCACAAAGCUCCGUCUGCAUUCACAACACGAAACACAGGAAUGUGUGCGUGGUUGGGCCGAUUGCUGGACUGGAUUCGAUCGAUAACGAGGAGGGGUGGUCUCGGAUUUCGAACUUAGUCUCUCUUUCGCUCGCAUGAGUUUCACCGAAGUGCGUGUGUGUGUGUUCUUGACGUCGUUGAUCGGGGAACAGUUUUAGUGAUUUUGGAUAGUAUCAGAAUUGUGACUGUGCUCGGGCAAUUUAUUAGAAAUAAUAUUCAUUGGAUCUCAAGUUUCUGAUUUUGAUUCCUA